AUGAUCUUGACUGAUCUUUUCGCCAUGAUCCUCCGCAUCGCGGAGCUGGUGUUUGCCGCCAUCGUGGCCGGCGUCAACGGCGCCUACCUGCACGCCGUGCAGAACUCGGACAGCUGGGACCAGGCACGCUUCAUCUACACCGAGGUCGUGGCCGGCCUCGCCAUCUUCCUGGCCUUCAUCUGGGUUCUUCCCUUCUCUGGGUCGUUUGUCCACUGGCCCGUCGACAUCUUCAUCUCCAUCUGCUGGUUCGUCGCCUUCGGCCUCAUCGUUAACCUUCUUGACGGCUCCUGCGGCAACGCCUUUGAUUGGAACAACAUCGCCAUCCGCCGUGGGGACCAGUGCGGCAAGUUCAAGGCCACCAUCGCCUUCUCCUUCCUGUCGGCCAUCUGCUGGCUCGUCUCUGCCAUCAUUGGCAUAAUCUGGGUCCGCGACCACGAGCGCCGCCAGUACCGCCGCCGCACCUGGGGCCGCUCCCGCGUCUAA